AGCUGAAGAUGACAAAUGGGGAGUGGCCAGAGUGUUGGCAGCUAGGAAUUUGGGGUUCAUUGGAAUUCAGAAUGCUGAGUCUGUACCCUCCAGCUGGGCUUCUCUGGAUCUGCUCAGUUUAGUCUGUCCUUCAGCGAGGCUCCCAACUAGAGCAUCCCAGCAGCAGUGCAUAAAGAUACUAUUCUUUCCUGUGUCGGCCCUUCUGUGGGUGAGGACUAGCUGGGUAUGACUUCCUUGUGCUGGCUGUUUCUCAGCACCCAUGUAGUGACUUCAGUCCCAGGGGAUCCAAUACCAUGGGUACCAGGUACAAAAGCCCAUACAGAAAUACAUACAGGGUAAACACUCAAAACAUGUUUUUUUAAAAAUAUUUAUUCAUUAUGUAUACAAUAUUCUCUCUGUGUGUAUGACUGCAGGCCAGAAGAGGGCACCAGACCCCAUUACAGAUGGUUGUAAGCCACCAUGUGGUUGCUGGGAAUUGAACUCAGGAUCUUUGGAAGAGCAGGUAAUGCUCUUAACCUCUGAGCCAUCUCUCCAGCCCCACUCAAAACAUGUUUAUUUGUUGUCUGUGUCUAUUGGUUCCCCCUCCCUGCUUCUGUGUAGCCCUGGCUGGUCUAGAACUCUCUGUAGACCAGGCCUGCCUUGAACUCACAGAGGUCCACCUGCCUCUGCCUCCUGAAUGAUGGGAUUAAAGGUGUGCACCACCACUGCCUGGUUCAGAACACAUUACAAAAAGAAGAAAAAAAAAGCCAGGUGUGGUGACACACAUGCCUUUGCCUUCAGCACCAGCACUCAGAGUGCAGAGGUGGUCAGAUCUCUGUGAAGUUUGAGGCCAGUUUGGUCUACAUACUGAGAUUCAGGUCAGCCAGGACUACAUAGAUCCUGCCUUAAAACAAGAGAGGGAAAACCAAUAACUCAAUUGAUUUAUUUUUAAAAAACUCAAAACCUUCAUUUUGUCCCUGUUCACAGGGCAUCCAGGUCAAGACAAGUGAAGCUGUAGUGUAAAGGAAGGUUAUGGUAUGAGCUGUCAGUGGUCAGCACAUAGAGAGGCAACACAGAAUACAAGCCCAGCAUGGUGGCGCACACCUUUAAUCCCAGCGCCACAUAGUGAGACCCUGUCAACAGAGGGAUCGCAAGCCUAUAGAUCUGGCAAAUGGACAGGAAAGGGCUUUCAAGAAAAGGCUCAUGAUGGCUAGGGAUGUAGCUCUGAGGGGAAAUGCUUGCCUGGCAUGCAUAAUACCCCCAGUUCUAUUCCCAGCAACAGGAAAAUAAGAAGGCUGUGAGAUAGACAUUAGAGGUGUGUGAGCUGUGUGUAUGCAUGAGGAGAAUCAAGCUCGAUUCUGAAAUGGCAGGCAGAGGUGCCUGGCCAGAUGCAGGAUAGGGGAUUAAUUAUAUUGCAGGUACUGAGGGAAAAGGGGAGGGAGAGGAACUAGAAAUAGAUGGGGAACAGCCUGAAUUUGCUGCUAAGGGGAACAGAAGUGUGACCAAAAGCUGUUUAUUUGGUGAUAUUAGGAAUUUAAUCUGAGAUACCCAGCCCAUGCAUGCUAGGCAGGUAUUCUGCCACUGGGCUAUACACUCAGCCCAAGAACUGUUUUUCAAAAAAUGUGCUGCAUUUUUUUUUCUGAGUGUGGAUAAAAAUGAUAGAGGAAAAGGGGGAAUGGAUGAUAACACAGAUCUGCCCACAGCUAAAAUGGGAUUCAAGGUAUCAGGGAGUUGACCAAACUGGUGGGCUGCACCUGCUCUGUUCACCUGUGUCUCAGAAACAACUGGUUUCCUAGGGACCUUCCCUCUGAAGAAUGAACAACAGGUCACAGUAAAGUGCUUGGCACUGCACAGUCUUAAUGUGUGUAAACUUUGCUUCUAUCUGGUUCUGUUCCCAGGGAAGACAGAGACAGACAACUGGGGGCUUAGCCAUGGUCUUCUACUACACCCCGCUUCUGCCAUGACCAUGAAGGUAGACUCCUUCAGUCUCCUACCAGCCUGGCAAUGGAAGCAUGAAGUGGGUCUGUGGGAUUCCCAGCCAGGGUAACUAGGUAGCAUCUGGAACAAGAUCGCAUCUCUGUUGCUUCUCCCCCUCCUUGAACUCAGGAUUAAAUAGCUACAGAUCAAUCCUGGAGACUAGAGAUGGAGACAGUCUAUGGAAAACAUGACCCAACUAGAGGAAAAGAACAGAGAUGUUCAACCUUCACCCCUGCUGGCCACAGUGGUCUCUGCCUCCCAGACAAGUGUCCCUGAAGAGAAUGUCCCCAUCUCUGACUCUGUCAUGCAGGGGACAGUGAGCAGAAAGGACGCCGGGCAGGGCUUAGGUCCCCGGCGCGUGGACCCUGUCGGGGGCGCUGGCUCGGCCCCGCCCCGCGCGCCCCCGUCGCAGCCGACGCGCGCUCCCGGGAGGCGGCGGCAGCGGCAGCAUCCGUAGCAUCAGCAGCCUCAGCAGCAGCCCCGGGCGGUCUCGGGCAGGGUAGACCGGCUGGACAAACGGACAGAAGGCACAGGUCCUGCCAUGGAGGGAGCCUCCUUCGGCGCGGGCCGUGCGGGAGCUGCCUUCGAUCCCGUGAGCUUCGCCAAGCGGCCCCAGACCCUGUUGCGGGUCGUGUCCUGGGUUUUCUCUAUUGCUGUGUUCGGGCCCAUAGUCAACGAAGGCUAUGUAAACGCGGACAGCGGUCCAGAGCUGCGUUGCGUCUUCAACGGAAACGCGGGCGCCUGUCGCUUCGGCGUCGUGCUGGGUCUCGGGGCUUUCAUCGCCUGCGCUGCCUUCCUGCUGCUGGACGCGCGUUUUCAGCAGAUCAGCAGCGUCCGAGACCGUCGCCGCGCUGUGCUUCUGGACCUGGGCUUCUCAGGGGUCUGGUCCUUCCUGUGGUUCGUAGGCUUCUGUUUCCUCACCAAUCAGUGGCAGCGCACAGCGCCAGGACCAGGCACUGCACAGGCUGGGGACGCGGCGCGGGCCGCCAUCGCGUUCAGCUUCUUCUCCAUCCUCAGCUGGGUGGCACUCACCGUGAAGGCCCUGCAGCGGUUCCGCCUGGGCACCGAUAUGUCUCUGUUUGCCACAGAUCAGCUAGGUGCUGGGGCUGCCCAGGCCUACCCAGGCUACCCAGUGGGCAGUGGUGUGGAGGGCACAGAAACAUACCAGAGCCCGCCCUUCACCGAAACCCUGGACACCAGCCCCAAAGGGUACCAGGUGCCUGCCUACUAGUAGCUGUUAGGCUUCGGCCCGGGCUGGAAGGCCACCUCACCAUCGUAGGCCUUGAGGCCUCCUGGGACCUUUCCUGAGUCCUACCGUCCCAGUGCCAAGGACAGAGAAAGUGGCCACUGUGGGUCUCUGGGACCAAGGGGAGUAGCCUCCCUAGGAUUCCUGGACCAUCCCCACAAAGUUUCCCCUAGUUAGAGGUCCCAGUUCUAAGGCCCUCUGAGAAGAAAACAGUACUGCCUGAAGUGGGCUGUCCUGGGAAGCAUUCCUUUCAUGGGCCAGCCAACCACGGGCUCACCUGUCCACUCUAGGGUCAGAAGUCCAGUGGCCUUCCAGGGCAGGGUGCAAGGGCUUCUGAGGACCAGGGAGAGGGAGCCUGUUUGCACCCUUAGGUGGGGUUAUGGCCCUUGUUCCCAGUCCCAUGUCUCUGUGGACAGUGACUGCCCUGGCUCCUAUUAUUGUGGUCCACCCUGUCCAGAGGCCCCCUCUACUUCCUCUUGCAGGAUUCCCUAGAGCAGCUCAGCCCUGUCGGUAUUGUGAUUGUGAUUAAGUCUUCAGGUUUCAUCUCAUAGUGCCCCCAUCAGCUGCCCCUCUUUGUGUGGGUCCUGCCCAGGUGUGGGUGCUUCUGCCCAGGAAGGUAUAGACAGCUGUGGGCCUGGGUACCCACUCUUCAGUAAGGCCUUCCGUAGGGAAGAGUGAGACAGCUGGGUACCUGGGUAGCAGGCAAGACAAGUCUCUUACAAGGUCUCAUCUGCCCGGGGUGUUGCUGAAGGGUCAUUCCUGUAAAUGGCUUAACCUUGCUUCCUGAACCAAUCCUCCCUAUUCUAUUGUCUGUUCCCUUUUAAGGCCCAGACCAGGUCCCUGUGCAUAGCAGACUACUCAUGCAUUGCUUGAAGCUGGCUUUUCACAUCAAGUCAAACCAAAUGCGUUGCCAUAUCUCAUUCUUCCAGACAAAAUGCCUCCCUGUGGAGUUGCAGUUGAUUGACAACCCUGUACGUUGUAGCAUAGACCAAUUAUGUGGGUACUUAAGUGAUCGUGUUUACAAUUUUUGUAUAUAUGGAUCUAUUUCUCUCUCUUCUGAAAGAACAAUCCGUGAUUGUGGAUUUUCAGUGUCCCCUGUUAUAACUGCAACUUCUUUACAAUAAAGACUGUAAAUGCAUUGACCACA